AUGGUUCUCGAACUCAUCACUCGCUUGGAGAUUGAUCGAACAUUGUCGGUCUCAGAAGAAAAUAGCAUUAAAGUAAACGUAAGAGAAGAGCGAGAUUGCGAUAACGUGCCUUUGCGAACAGGCUUGCGCGUCUGGUCGGCGAGUUUUAUCUUUGGCGAGAACGUGUUGUUGGAUGAAAUCGAGAAUAAAAAAGUCCUCGAGCUCGGCGCUGGGACGGGCGUGAAUGGAUUGAUAUGCGCGAAAUUAAACGCGUCUUCGGUCGUGUGUUCUGAUGUGGACAUCAAAUCGGUGAAUUUGUGCGUAACGAACGCGAUGUUGAACAAAGAAUUUGAUGUGGUCUCUCGAAUCAUAGAUUGGGGCGAUAGAAACACCUACUUCGAAAAAAGAAACGCGUUCCCUGUGAUUGUCGCGGUGGACGUCGUCUAUUUAGAAGAACAGCCAAAGCAGUUGGCAAAUUGCGUCGAGUAUCAUUUAUGUAAAGAGAAUGGGACAUUUUUGUGCGUUUGUGGCGUGAGGAAGCGAGAGUAUUUCGAAACCUUUCUUCUCGAACUCGCCAAGCGCGGGAUGGAGGUGUAUUUUGACGAAGUAGGGUUGUUGCCAAAAAGUAAUCGAGAACAGGUGGAGGAGAUACGUUCGAAUCACAAACACGACGAAGAGUUGUUGGAAGAUGGUAAAGGGUACCGAAUGAUUCGCGCGAGAUUCAAGAAAAUAGGAUCGAAAGGAGAAAGUAAUGAAGAAGAAGUAGAAGAAGAAGAAGAAGAAGCGUUAGCCGGCUUCUUGGACGAUUUGGACAUCGACGAUAACGUUGGAGGAAUGAAAAAGCAGCGAGCGUACGAUGUGCUAACGUCUUCUUCAGAUGACGAAAUGAGCGCCGACCGAAACGGAACGGAAGACGUGCCGUUUCUCUGCGCGACGGUUGAAAGCUCCUCAAAGUCGCUCCUUCGAAACGGAUUCUGCGUUUUCCGAGACGAACAUUUUACGCAAACACAAGCGGAAGUACUCGAGAAAGUUCAUUCGCACUGCGAAAGCUAUUUAAACGACUUGCUCGAAAGGUGUGAAAGUCAUCACGGAAUCAAAUACGACACGGAUAUCUUUCGCUUCAAAGAAAUAUGUUCCCGGGCGAUGAAUGGGAAAAGAUAUGACUUCCAAGCGACAAAGAUUUCGCCCGUCGACGAUGAGGCAAAAAAUUUGCCAGAAAGCGGGAAGGCGUUCGCCGAGUGCCUCCAAACGCUCGCGAACGUCAUAGAACGGAAAUGCGAGCGAAUAUUCGAAAAAGUCACAGGAGAAGAGAAGAGGAAAAAGAUUACAAUCGUGAACAGAGGAUGCGUCACGUCGCUUCCGAAAGCGCCCGAGCAACACUUUCACGCUGACGGAAGAAAAGAGGGCAUGUACAACUGUUUCGUGGCUUUGCGCGACGUGCCUAAAAUCCAAGGGCCGACUGAGUUUAUUUUCGGAAGCCACAAGUUUGAUCACGACGCGCCGCACGAAACAACGAAAGCGAGGAAGAAGCGGGAAAAAGCAAAGCGCGCCGCCCCCGAACUCCGUAAAGGAGACAUAUUGUUGUACGAUUACCGCACACUUCACCGAGGCGGUGAGAAUAAACGGUGCCACGAUCGGAGAGCUAUUUCGUACUUCCUUUUCGAUACGAACGGCGAUAUAGGAGACACGUGGAAUUUCGAGGACGCUUCGGUAUGGGACGAUUGA